UGUGUGUGUGUGUGUGUGUGUCUCCUCAGAGGUGCAGCAUGUGAGGAACUGCCCCAUUGACUGCGCCUCCAUCUACUAUAACGGGGUCUAUAUACGUGUGUGUGUGUGUGUGUGUGUGUGUGUGUGUGUGUGUGUGUCUCCUCAGAGGUGCAGCAUGUGAGGAACUGCCCCAUUGACUGCGCCUCCAUCUACUAUAACGGGGUCCGUCGCUCGGGCAUCUUCACCGUGGUGCCGUCGCUAGGGGCAACCCCCGUGGAGGUGUACUGUGACAUGGAGACAGACGGUGGUGGUUGGACAGUGAUCCAGCGUCGUCAGGACGGCUCGGUGAACUUUGACCGCAGCUGGAGCGAGUACAAGGACGGCUUUGGAGACCUGCACACGGAGUACUGGCUGGGGAACGCACACAUCCACGACCUCUCCAGCCAGGGCGACUACACACUCCGCAUCGACCUGGAGGACUGGAGCAGCCUACACAAGCACGCCCUCUACCAGAGCUUCAGCAUUGAGGACGAGGCGACGCAGUUCCGCCUGCACGUGUCUGGGUUCAGCGGGACGGUGGAGGACUCGUUCAGCUGGUACCACGACAAGCAGGGCUUCAGCACCCCCGACACGGGCAACGUGUGCGCCGAGAUCUCGCACGCAGGCUGGUGGUACAACCAGUGCUUCUAUGCCAACCUCAAUGGAGUCUACUACAAGGGCGGACGGUACUCUCCUAAAGUGAAGAACCCGUUGGGUCCGGACGGAAUCGUCUGGUUCACCUGGAAGGACUCGGACUACUACUCCCUCCGCAGGGUCAGCAUGAUGAUCCGCCCGCGCACCUUUAGACCGCACCUGUCCCCCUGACACUCCACACCUGUCACUGAACACCUGAUACUGAACACCUGACACUCAACACCUGACACUGAACACCUUCAGACCACACCUGUCCCCCUGACACUCAACACCUUCAGACCACACCUGUCCCCCUGACACUCCACACCUGUCCCCCUGACACUCAACACCUGUCCCCCUGACACUCAACACCUGUCCCCC